ACUUAGUUUCAUAAUGUGUUGGUGUUUGCAAGUCGUCAUUUGUUUCUCUUCGAAGACUCUAAACGCGUUUUGACUGCUGGAAAUGGGGGGUUAUUAUAAUCUGUCAAGUUAUAUGCAAUUUUGAGUGAGGUUUUGCGUGUAAACCUUAUCAUGAAGAGAGAAACAAUGAUUUUAUGAACGACGAUAGUGGUGCGUACAUUCCCAUCGUGCAUUGCAAUCUGCUGUAAACAUCUGGUAUAAAUGGCUGACGGCCAAUGAAGAAAUGGUGGAAGAAGGUCCAGCCGGAAACACGCAAAUUUCGAACGGUCCUAACUCCCAGGCCGGUCCGUCCAUUACUGGGUUUGGUGUCAAGGGUGUAGACGAUCAAGUGCCUCGAACUCUGCCGUAUUCUAUUCCGGGAAUCUUGCACUUCAUCCAACAUGAAUGGGCACGGUUCGAGAUGGAAAGGUCACAGUGGGAAGUGGAAAAGGCCGAACUUCAGGCGAGGAUCGCAUUCCUGCAGGGAGAGCGACAGGGCCAGGAGAACCUGAAGAGGGAUCUUGUGCGCCGCAUCAAGAUGCUUGAGUAUGCCUUGAAGCAGGAGAGGGCCAGGUUCCACAAGUUGAAGUAUGGUGCAGACAUGCUGCCAGACAAUAAAGAGUUGGAGGAAGCAGAGGACCUCAACGGAGAUAACUAUCUGACAGGUGUUGAGAAUCAUUCGUGGAAGCAGGGCAGACAACUACUGAGACAGUACCUGCAGGAGAUCGGUUACACGGACACCAUCAUCGAUGUCAGGUCAGCGCGGGUCAGGCAGCUGCUGGGCCUGUCUCCCAACAACAAUGACCUUGGCAAGGAGCUCGCCACUCUGCCUGCCGUCAACGGAGACCAGACGACAAAGAGGGUCAGCGAUGGCCAGGGCAGAAGGGUGCAGGCUAAGAAGCAUCCAGCCACGCUGGGAGAGGGCGCUCUGCUGGAGAGUGAGGCGGCCGUCAUCGAUACCUUCAGCUUCCUGUCGACGGAGAACGACUUGGAAGUCGAGGAUGACGAGGAGAAUGAGGCGGAUCUCAUAGAUGAGACUCUGGCUGAUGAACUGGAUAGGAUAGAUGUAAAGAAACCAAAGCCCAAGGGCAUGACCAGGAGCAACGAGGGCAUGGCGCGCAUGGACGACGUGCUAGCCAACGAGACCGAGGAGGCACUCUCGCAGUUCGACUUUCUCGGAUCGGACGGCGCAGACGGCGCGGGUGAGGCGAGGACGCAGGGCGACGGCACCGAGUGGGAGAAGAGCGAGUUAGCAGCUGCACCGCCCCCUGGCGAUAACGAUUGGAACGUAGACGAGCAGAUGCUGAGCAGGCUCAAACAAGAGUACAGCAAAGACAGCAAACAUUCGCGCAACAUGCAGAGGCCUAAGCGCUCGACCCUGCAGGCGAUGCUUGCCAGUCUGGGUGGAAACGAUGAUAUUGGGCUGCCCAGCGUCACAGCCCCAUGCGCGGGUCCGGCACCCGCCGCCGCCGCCGCCGCCGCCGCCACCGCCUCCGACAGUUUGUCAAAUAGCCUCCCUGCAGAUGACACUGCUGUUGAUGAAGCAGCUGGACCAAACGAUGCCAACAUCCCGUUUCCAGCAGGACCGCGGCGCCCCCUGCCAGCCGAAGAAGGUUUUGAGCCAGGUUUUGGCCUCGGAGAACUGGCAGGGCUGACAAUACAGAACGAUUGCGAGCUAUCUUACGAUCUUUCAUCGAGCAAGGAUGCCCUACGCAAGACGUGGAAUGCCAAGUACACGCUGAGGAGUCACUUUGAUGGCAUCCGAGCGCUAGUCUUCCACCCCGUCGACCCUGUACUCAUCACUGCCUCCGAGGACCACACGCUGAAGCUGUGGAACCUGGACAAGACCGUACCCGCAAAGAAAACUGCCUCAUUAGAUGUAGAGCCUGUCUACACAUUCAGAGGGCACACGGGCGCUGUCCUGUCAUUGGCCAUGUCUGUGUCAGGCGAGGAAUGCUUCAGUGGAGGUAUUGACUCGAGCAUUCGCUGCUGGAAGAUCCCCAGCUCCAAUGUUGACCCCUAUGAUAUGUAUGACCCAUCAGUCUUAGCCGCAACACUUACUGGUCACACUGGUGCUGUCUGGGGCCUCUCUGUGCACAGCAGUAAUAACCGGCUACUGUCCUGUGCAUCGGACGGCACCGUGCGAUUAUGGCAACCAUACACUAAAGAACCACUACUGAAAACGUUCACUAGUGAAAAUGGUCUCAUACCCACCUCGAUAGACUUUGUGCGGUCAGAUCCGAUACAGAUGGUCGCCGCGUAUAGCGAUUGUGAUGCAGUCAUCUACGACUUGGAGACCUCUCAGCCAGUCAUUCACCUGGAGAGCAAGGAUUUGUCAGAGCCGGGUGUUCUGUCAACGAUACAUCAGGUGGUUAGUCACCCGACCCUGCCCAUUACAGUGACAGCACAUGAGGACAGGCAUAUCCGCUUCUUUGACAAUAAUACAGGUAAGAUGGUUCACACGAUGGUGGCACACCUGGAUGCCGUGACGAGUCUCGCCAUCGAUCCCAACGGCUUGUACCUGCUAUCAGGAAGCCAUGACUGUUCAAUAAGACUAUGGAAUCUGGAUAGCAAGACAUGUGUACAAGAGAUCACAUCACAUCGCAAGAAGUUUGAUGAAUCCAUAUAUGAUGUGGCUUUCCAUCCGUCUCGACCCUACAUAGCAAGUGCGGGAGCAGACGCGCUCGCGAAAGUAUUCGUAUGACAUCAUCGUUGACAUUGCCUAAGUCUGUGACAUUAUUUAUCACGUGAUCACCAAUGGUGAAGCAAGUCGAUUAUGAUCAGUCAUCGUUUGCUGUAAUGAUACUUAGGUAUGACAGUAUUGUUAUGACGGUAUAAAUAUAUUAAAGGACGUGUCACUUGUAAAAUAUGAAAUGCACAGUUGAAUAUGCUCACUGCCUCUGGAGUGUAGGUUGGCAUGCCAGUUUUCUUCCCCUGCCAGCAGACUGGCCGUUCCUGCCGACUCGGAUCAGCUCACCACAAAAUGACCUAAACCAGGACAUUAGGUAGUCAUUGUACUACUCGGGCGAGUUUGCAAGAAAAUACUGGAAGUGGAACUGUUGUUUGCACACGUCACUUUGAGUGACAUAACGGUAUUCUGACGACUACGUGCACAAAGUGCUUGACAUUACACACAGCAUGAUCGCCUUUCGAAGGUUGGGACACGUAGGAGGAGCUUGUGUGCUUCGGCGUCUAUGUGAAGUUUACGAGCAUGCGUGAUAGACAUACGAACAUUGUGUGAUGUAAGGUGGUUGAGUCACAAUGCUUGUGAAUUAAGACAAUGCUGUUUUUAUAAUGAUAUCAACGAGGGAAAAGAAGAGCUGGAAGGGGAGAGAGGGGAGAAAGUAAUGUACAGGAGUGGGAGAGCGGAGGAGAGAGGGAGUGAGAGAGAAUGCUAAUAAUUUGCUGACGAAACCCAAUAACGUCAGAGGAUGUAAGUAUGAAGGUGCAGGCAGACUCUUGUAGUAUGCUUCUUUUGACACCAGGUGGUGUGAUUUCGCCGGAGAUAUGAUAGCUUUAAUAGACUUCAGGGUGUCUUCCAUACUUGUGAGGUCUCAUCAUGUGAUUCAUGCUAAACACGAAAACUAUAUAUACACUGUAAUAAGUGAAUGGUAGAUAAGUGGGUAGCACAUACACUAGCUAUAACAAUCAAAAUAUCCAAUAAUGUGGAUAGAUAUGUUACGAUGUGUUUUUUGGGGUUGUAUAUAAUAACAUUGAGGGUAAGACUAAUGGAAAUGGUUUUUAUCUGCAAGUCUCGUCCAGAAAUAAACCUGCUAUAGUUUCUGAUUAUACUCAUGUGAAGAAAUAUGACAAAUCCAAACUGGUAGAACGAAUGUUUUCUCUUGGUGACUGCUAGAAUGUUCGAUCUUACAAAGGCACUCAUAGUACUUGGACCUACAGUCUGACAGUUGCCAGAGAAUAAAAUAACAAGUGUUAUUCUAGCAAUGAAUAUUUAUAUGUUGUUCCCAUCUGUGUCUAUCGUUGCAAGUAAGCAGCAUGAUAACGAAGCGACGAUUGCAGUGACAGAGUUGACUGCUCAGUCUCAAGUUGAGUGCUAGGCGUUAUGAUUUUACCUGUAAGCUUUCAAUUAUUUAAAACAAAAUUCAUUCGCGUCACGAUGGGUACGGCACUGUGCCAACGUGUGUAUACAGCAGACAGCAUUCGCGAGCCAGGGACUAAUGUUCACAUUGUUUAGCGACAGCACUCGUCAUUGAUUCCUCAUACAUUUCCCAGAAGCAAAUUCUAUUUCUUGUCCGUUUAUGGCACGUUACAGGAAUGAACCAACCUGCAUGUGUCUCGCAGUAGCAGCCUGCCGUUACUGAUAGGAAGUCGUGUCCUAGUUCGACACACUUCAACUUAUAUUCAGUAGGCGUGUUAAGAUGGGCAAUUAUGGAUGUGGGUGCAUGCUCCAGUAAACAAAUUUGUGGUCACUGUUUAAUGAAACCAUCAAUGACCACUGUCACGCAGGUGAAGUGACAUUGCUUGCACCCGCAUUAUGGGGUGUGUCAACUGUUGGGUGAGUGGAGGACAUGCCUCGUAUCAUCACAUUGUCUAAAAGCACUUUCUUGUGCUUUCAUCAGUCGAUCCCUAUAGUAACCAGAGACUACUGCGUCGCGACUCGUUGAGCAUGUGAUUGUUAACUAUACAGAAGUCUGCGUACAGACAUCGCAGGCUGUAAUAAAUCUUAAGUGUUUAGUAAUAUCAUGUAA